AUGGAGAAAGCUAAGUUGCCUUUCAAGAAGCGUUUUUCUAGGAAUGGAUCUUCUAUGGAGUUCAUGGUUGAUGAUUGCAUGAAGGAGAAAGGAGCAAGAGGAAGAUUUGGUAAUUCCCUUAAGGUUCUACAGUGCCUUGAAUGCAAAGGUUUUGGGCAUGUACAAGCUGAAUGUACAAAUCUGCAGAAGCGGAAGAAGAAGAUAGUCACCAAGAGUGAUUUUGAUGAUGGUAAGGAGCUAAAGAAUAUUGUGGCGUUCACAACUUUUGUUCCUGGUUCUAAGAAAAAAUCUGCGACGGGAUCUGCGUCAGCGUCUGCGUCAGGGUCUUCAUGUGGAGGUGAUGAUGAUGCUGUAAGUGAUGAUGAUGAUGAUGGAGAGUUUGAUCUUGCUGGGAAAUAUGAGAGGCUGUAUGAGAAUUGGCUCAAGCAGGUUGAGGCGAAUUCAGAGUUUGCUAAGGAAAAGGUCAAGCUAGAAGCUCAAGUGGCUGAAGCACUUAAGUAUGCCUCAGAGAAAGAAGAAGAAGCACGACAGGCUAGGGUUCGACUUGCAGAGACUCAGAAGGGUUUGAAGAUGCUGAAUGGUGGGACGAAGCAGCUAGAUCAUCUGCUCAGUAUUGGAAAGAGUGAUCGAUGUGGCCUUGGAUAUCAAAGAGAAUGUUCUACAGCUGAAGGUGUUUUUGUAUCAGCAGGAAAAGCUGAGGUUUUAGCUACGUCUACUACAAGACCAGCGGUUAAGGUGUCUGCAGAGAAGACAUCUAACGGAAAGACUGCAGUGAAGACUGCAACUGAUGUGAAGAACGCGACUGCUACGCGUAAUGCUACGGCAACUGCUACGACGACUGCUCCAGAGAGAGUUUCUGGAUUGAAGAGUGCAGUUCAACGAAAGUGGCGGCCUGUUUGUCAUCACUGUGGUGUUGUUGGACACAUUAGGCCAAGGUGUUUCAAGUUGUUGAGGGAGAAGAAUCAGAUGGUGCAAGCUUAUGGUGCUUAUGGUGCUUAUGGUGUGAGGAGUCAUGGUCCUAUAUGUUAUUCUUGUGGAGUUCAAGGGCAUAUUCGACGUGAGUGUUUCAAGCCAGUUCAAAGAGCUAAUCAUGGAGGUUUUGGGCUCAUGAAUACGUGGUCUAGGAGAUAUGAUCAGUAUGGAUAUGGUGGAAUGGGAUUUCCUCCUUACUUUGGAGGAUAUAGAUCUUCAUAUUAG